AAAACACGAAAGAAAAAUGGCAGCAAACUUCUGUUAUUCUACGGAUCUUACAAACUUGACACUAAAACUUUCUAAAACUCAGACACCCAUCAACGCAGCUUCUAUGUUCACUGCCGGAAUAGUAGGGAAUGUUUUGGCUUUAUUUAUACUCAUCCGGCAUGCCAAGCAACAUAAAUGGGGUAUAUUCUAUAGACUUGUUGCGGCAUUGGCCUCUACAGAUGUGUUUGGAAUAGUGACCACAGGUCCAGUUGCUUUUGCUGUGUACAACAACAAUUUCAAAUGGGUAGGAGGUCAACCAUUGUGUGAUUACCUAUCGUUUAUGCUCAUCUUCUCUGGUGUUGCUACUUUAGGCAUAAUGACUUCUAUGUCAUUAGACAGAUAUUUAGCGCUAUGGUAUCCAUAUUUCUACAACUCCUUGCAGAAAAAGAGACGAAUUCAUGUAAUGCUUGUUGGAAUUUGGCUUUUUGCUGCAUUCAUUGCGUCUUUGCCAUUGAUGAAAUUUGGACGUAACAUUCGUCACUUUCCCUGCACCUGGUGUCUCUUCGAUUACUUUGGAACUUACCCAACUGACAAAGCAUUUUCAAUAAUGUUUGCUUUGUUAGGUAUAUUAAGCAUUCUAUCGUCUUCAACUUUUAAUUGUUUGGUCAUAUUUGCUGUUUGUAAAGGAGCGUCAGGUGGUCGUCGAGGAAGCGUGAAAAGCACCAGGGGAAAAGAGCGCCAGAGGAGGAGCGAGAUCUACAUACUGAUUUUUUUAUUCGCUAUCUUGAUUUCACACGCUAUUUGCUGGAUACCCUUAAUGAUACGUAUUCUUCUUAACACAUCGGGAGCCACACCAACAGAUCGGCAGGCCGAUAUUUUAGCAUUCAGAUUGGCUGCAUUAAACCAAAUUCUUGAUCCUUGGCUUUACAUUCUUCUAAGGAAGGAAGUAUUAGCCAGGGUUUACAGAUUUUACCGAAAGAAGAGAUAUGGUGAGAGACUUGACUCUGCAAAGGAAAGUACAACCGGAAACAGUACAGAGGAGACUUCGGGAAGUGUCCGAGGUAAUAUCCGUCUUCAACAGCUGAAUCCUAAGGAUAAAAAAAUUCUAAAGAAAAUGAACUCAGCAGAUUCUAACAUAACAUAUGUACCCACAGUAAGCGGAAAAUGAGUAUAACUCGUGUUUCAGAUUGGUCUUCUAGUGUUUCAUUUCAACAUACAUGGUUUGUAAACUACUGAUUUGAUUGGACUUAGUGAAAAAAUGUGUCAUUUAGAAUUCACCAAUUUAUGAUCCUACUAUUUACCUGCUAAAAUUUGAAAUAAACUUUUA